UAAAGGUCAGUUUAUUUAUAAGCAGCAUCAUUUUCUGCAGCGACGACCGCAAUCACAGAAGAAAAAUGUUUGCACACAUGCUGCUGGUGGUUCUCGUGCUCCCCCUGCUGGUGAGUUAUGCUCCAGCUAAAUCAGUUCAUAUAGAGGUUCUUCCUCUGGACUGUGAGGAUAUCUAUAAUAACGGCUCGGUGCAGAGCGGGGUAUACACCAUCUACCCCUCGGGUCCUGAGGACGGGCUGCAGGUCUACUGUGAUAUGGGCUGUGACGAGUACGACAGCCGCAAGGACGGGAAGUGGACCGUGAUUCAGAAGAGAGUGGACGGCAGUGUGAACUUCUUCAGACGGUGGGUCGAGUACAAGAACGGCUUCGGGAGUCCGGAGGGAGAGUACUGGCUGGGUCUGGAGAACUUGUUUCUGUUGACGUAUGCGAAUAAGUAUGAGCUGAGAGUGGACAUCGAGGACUUUGAGGGAGGCAGUUCCUACGCCCAGUACAACACCUUCUCCGUCCAACCAGAAUCCAGCAACUACAGGCUGGAGAUCGGAAAAUUCGUCAACGGAGGAGCAGGUGACUGUUUGUAUUACAACAACGGGCGAGACUUCGCCACCUUCGACAAAGACUACGCCGGCUGCGCCGACGCUUACGGCGGCGGCUUCUGGUACAACUACUGGCCGUGUCACUAUGCCAACCCCAACGGCCAAUACAAAUGGGGCGCCGUGCCGAACUCCUACACAGGGGUCAUGUGGGCCACCUGGAAAGGGUACUAUUACUCCAUGAAGACCAUAGUGAUGAAGAUCCGCCGGAUGUCUCUGGAAGAGCUGAACAAUUAGCUUCACCUGACGAUUCCUGACCGACUACUAACACAUUCCUCCAUACCGUCGCUGUCCAAUGAAAAACGAGUAUCUCCAUUUUUGUCGAUUUUUAGUUUACUACAAAAUUUGAACAAACAAACAGUUUCGUACAUUGUGCCAAAAUUUCUUGAUGAACGGUCCAAUAGAAAUACUUCAAAAUGACCGUUUUUACAUUGACUUCCAUUGAAAGUUUAGAAGGUUUUUUCUCUCUCCUAUAAAGAUGCUAUUUUGGAGAUAAGUGGUUUUCAUUGGAAAGCGAUGAAAUAACCCUAAUGGAUCAGUAAUGGAUCAGUACUUGUAAAUAACUAUAGAAGCUUAAUCUCACGCUGUGGUUUAGGGCUAAUUUUUUUUUAUUCAACCUUAUAUUAUUAUAUAUUUGGGAAUGAUCUAUAUGGACUUUAUCUGAUGAUUACAGUUUGGUGAUUUUGGUGCAGAUAUUGUAGUUUUUACAUAUGUAAAUCAAAUACUUGUCUGUCUUAAAAACAUAUAUCAUGAUCUGUACUUCUUCUUCUUCUUCUUCUUGUUCUUCAAUUAAACACUAUUUUUCCUAACAAAUCGCAAAAUAAAUAAUUGCACUCUGUUCCAUGCUCUCUUCUUUUAUUGUCUUCAUAAUAAACGAUACUUAUAAUUAA